AUGGCUCAUCAUAUACCACCACUAAACUUUGGUAUGGUCGCAGAUGAUUUAUAUAGAUCAGGUCAACCAAAUGAGUUAAACUUUCCCUUUCUAGAGAAAUUACAACUAAAGAAAAUUAUCUUUUUAGCACCCGAUGAUCCUUCUCAACAAUUUGUAAACUUUUGCGAUGAUCAAGAUAUAGAAUUAAUACAUUUAGGAAUGGAUACACAUACGAAUCCUUGGAAUCCAAUAUCAGAAGAUAUAGUUAUUUCGGCAUUAAAGAUAGUUUUGGAUCCAGAUAGUUAUCCUCUACAUAUCAUGUGUAAUCUUGGUAGACAUAGAACAGGUACUGUCGUUGGAUGUUUAAGAAAGUUACAACGAUGGAAUUUGACUUCAAUCUUGGAGGAAUAUAGAAGAUUUGCAGGUAGUAAAGUUAGAUUAUUAAACGAACAAUUCAUAGAGUUAUUUGAUACUGAUUUAGUUGGUAUUCCCGAUAAUGCACCUAAAGGUCUAUACCUUAAUUAG